UCCUUCCGGAAACAGACGCCCUGAUGAAGGUAGCAGUGAGGUAGCGGCUGCGGAUCCACACGGUUCAUGGUCGGCAGCCACCUCUGACUCGUAGCUCACUUCGGCUCGAGUCGGGAACCCCGCUGGAGUCGGUUUGGCUCGGUGCUUUCAUUUCUCUUUAGCUCGGCGGCUAACAUCAUGGCGGCCACGGAUCCACGUUUCUCGAGUAACGGCGGGCCGAACAGCAGAGGAGGGUUCCCUGCGGGGGAGAGCAGCAGCGACCGCGACGGCCCGGGCGGCAGCAGCGGCGGCGGCGCGGAGAGCGAGCGUGAUCGGGCCACCUUCGAGUGCAACAUCUGCUUGGACACUGCCAGGGACGCGGUCAUCAGUAUGUGCGGCCACUUGUUCUGCUGGCCCUGCCUUCAUCAAUGGUUGGAGACGCGGCCCAGCAGGCAACAGUGUCCCGUCUGCAAGGCGGGCAUUAGCAGGGAGAAAGUCAUCCCGCUGUACGGCAGAGGGAGCUCCAGCCAGGAGGACCCCAGGUUGAAAACUCCGCCUCGGCCUCAGGGACAGAGAACCGAGCCUGAAAGCAGAGGAGGGAUGUUCCCCGGUUUUGGAGAAACGGGCUUCCACAUGUCUUUCGGGAUCGGAGCGUUCCCCUUCGGCUUUUUCACCACAGUCUUCAACGCCAACGACCCCUUCCACAGAGCAGACCAGUAUGUAGGGGAUCACCAAGCCAACGGUAACCUUAACAACGGCAACAACAACAACAACUGGCAGGACUCCCUCUUCCUGUUCGUCGCCAUCAUCUUCUUCUUCUGGCUACUGAGCGUCUGAUGACGACGACAAUAUAAAAACAAAAACAAGACUGGAGACACUAGCGCACUCACACACACACACACACACGUGAUUUUCAUUAUGUAACCUGAGAAAAAGCUGCUGAGAGUCAAGAAAUACAGGUUUUCUCCUCCACUCUGCCCCUGACACACACACUGACACACACCUGCUGUGUUAACACUGUAAAAACACAAAAUCUUACCAAGUAUUUCUGGUCCACUUUUUAAUGCUAACAUAUUUAUACACUUGAAAUAAGACGCAACUAACAAGUAACCUUUUUUGCACAACACAAGAUCUUGUUUUAAGUGAAUACUUUCUUAAUAUUUAUGAAAAAGUGCAACUUCCUCUGUCAGAUUACUUCACUUAUAAACUGGAAAAUGUCUUAAGUGAAAUAAUCUCCCUGUGAAAAUUGUUCUUUUUUUAAUAUUUAGGAAUUGACAUAAAACAAGCUCCCAUUCCUUCCUAAAAAGUUACUUUAACUUAGUUUUGUCUUAUUUAAAGUGUACUGAGAUAUUUGCUGUAUACACUAGACUAUAAAUACUUGGUAAUAUUUUGUGUUUUUGCAGUGAAUGUUGUUUGUUUAUGCAACAAAAUAAAUCACAAUCCAGAGCAGGAGUCAGCAACUUUGCUCUUUUUUUUCUUUUUUUUUUAACUUUGCUCUUUACCAUUUCUGGUCGAAGCAAGAGCCACAGGUUGCUGACCUCUGACCUCCAAUAAUCUAGGGCCACCUCUGUAGUUGUCAGCACAGAGUUUAGUGACAGUAUUAAAUGUUUUUAGCAAAUGGAGCAGAAACAGCCAGGAUGGGUAAACCUUCCUCCUGGUUUCUAUAUUCAGUAUCCGUAAAGGUGGAAGAAACGGCAGUCGGUUUAUUUAUGUUUGUCUUAAACUGCCAUUACACUGUGAGGUCACCUGUGGACGGAGCUGUCCUUAACGUCUGGUGUCUUUUUGUUUUUUUCUGUGUGGGGGGUUUUUUUUCCCCAGAAUGCAACACAAUUUUAUUUCAGAACGGAUCCAUUGAAAUCUUAAAGGUGCCACCCACUCAUAGGACUUUUGCAGAAUAGAUGAGUUCUUUGGACUUUUCCCCCUGCAACAGAGCGAUUAUGAAACACUUAUGUCACAGUUGACUUGUUUUGUUUUACCUGUGUGUGUGCAUACAUAAUAUAUUUGUAUAUAUGAAUAUUGUAAAUGCUGUUUCUGUGUUUCUGACACGGGGAGCUACAGACGAUUGCUGAGACGUGAAAGUUUUAUGAUUCUGUUUCUCAUUAAAGCAAAGAAACAGGCCUUCCCUAUUGAUGUGAAUGAUAAGUGAAGUUUCCCUUUUUCCUGGACAAAUAACUGACCAAAUGUGUGAAAAAGAAAAAUAAUAAAAAAUAACCCCAAUCGUUAUAAUGAUCAAUUUUUUCCAGCCAAUACCAAUCUGAUUUCUUUUUAAAGGUGCUUCAAGUUUCAUUUUUCUUUUUUAAAUUUAAAUUAAAUUUUUUUUUUACCCCACAGGGAAAUUAAAUAAUCUUAGGUAAUGAUUUUGAACAUGACAAUAAAGAAGCAGAAUAUUAUCUUCACUUAUGAAUAAAAUCUUACCAAUUAUCUUUGGUCCAGUUUCUGGAGUAAGUAGUUUGGUAUGUUUGAAAUGUAACUUAACUUUCAAGUAACAUCUCAGCAAGAUAUGAGUUUGUUUUCAGUCAAUAAUUUAUUAAUAUUGAUUUUAAAAACAGUUCUAGUUUCACUGGCAAAUUAUUUCACUCAUUACAAGAUAUUUCCAUCUGUUAUAAGUUUAAUAAUCAGCCAGUGGAGCCUGUUCACUGUGUUGAGUCAAAAUUGCACUGCUACCUAGCAACCCCAGCAGAGCCCUGCCCGUUGCCUAGCAACCCAAGGGGAGUACCACGACGCUCCUGCUUCAAACAAACGAUUUUGCUAAAGUUACUUGUAAGGUUUUGUCAUAUUUCAAGUGUACUAAGAUAUUUGAACUAGAAACUAGACAAUCUUGGUAAGAUUUUGUGUUUUUGCAGUGUAAACCUUUGUCUGACUUUAAUUAAACUCAAAAAAGUCAGAGUUCUGAGUUUUAGUGCACUUAAUAGUAUUAGUAUUUGACCUGCUGAUUAAGGGAAUGAAUUGGCCAACCUGAUGGUGCGUCUCUAGUUGCAGUUUUCUAACCUGUUGGAUCUGGAGAUUGUGUCUAAACUAUAAAUCAAGUCUUCUAUGUUCCCAUCAGGGUCAGGACAGAAACUGAAGGUCAUCUGAAGGACAGGCUGUCCGCCGCCACCGGGGCUCGUUCUUGUCUUACGUAUUUGUCUGUCGGAGCGACUCUUUGUACUGAGGGGCUAAUGUGACACUAAAACAGGUGACUGAGGUCCCAAUGCAAAUGGAGACUGUUGUGGAAAAACCAAAUGUUCUUGGAGAUUAAAGUUGAUUAAAAUGUU